AUGUCUCAAAAUUCCUCUUCAAAAUUUCAAUGUGAACUUUUCCUUUUACCCCCCAUAUUUAGAUCUUCAACAAAAAACAAUUUAAAUAUUAAAAAUAAACAAACAUUUUUAUUUUCUCCUAAUCUAUUAGAAAAUUUAUUUCUUCCAAUUUCUAUUUCUGAGAAUAAUGAAAAAUUAAAUAAAAAUAUUUUAAAAAUAUUUCCAGAGGAUAUACUCUCAGCAAGUCGUUCUUGUUUGGGAAGAGACAAUUCCCCACCCCAAUUUUUAUUUGUUGCUUAUCCACUUUACCAAGAAAAUAAUAAAAAUGAGCAGAGGCGAAGAAUACGUCUACAAGCUAAAUUAACUUUAUUGUCUAACAACAGUGACGAUUUUAUUAUUUUUGAAAAUGUUUUUAAUAAAUGGAUUGGGACUUCUUUAGCCCUCCAUCAACCAUUAACAAAUUCAUCCAAUCGUCGAAGAAUACUUGUUUUACUCAACCCAUUUAGUGGACAACAACAAGCUUUAAAUUUGUGGGCAAAUGAGGUAGAAAUGAUCUGGAGAGAAGCUGGCUAUCAAAUUGAGAUAAUUGUUACAGAACGGCCUUUUCAUGCGACUGAGUUGGCAGAACAAAUUUGUUUGGAUAGAGUGGAUAUAUUGGCGCUUGGAGGAGGCGACGGAAUCGUUUCAGAAGCGCUCCACGGUCUCUGUUCCAGAGCAGAUCACGAGCGCGCUCUUCGCCUCCCAAUUUUACAUUUACCUAUGGGUACAGGGAAUGCUUUAGCUUCUUCAAUUGCUUACCAGGCAAAUGAACCUUUCCCUCCACGUGGCUCUUUUUGUCAACAAAUGGCUUUAAUGGCUAUUCGGCCAAAUUUUAAUCGUUUAUGUCUUUAUCAGGUAGAAAUUGAAGGUGGAAGAAGAAAAGGACAAAAUAAUAAAAAUAAUAAUCAAUGCAAAAUAAUGUUCCUCUCGUUAAGUUGGGGGCUAAUGGCUGAUAUUGACAUUGGAAGUGAACGUUUUCGUUUCCUCGGAAUGGCACGUCUUCAUUUAGAAGCUUUCCUUCGAGUAGCAUUCCUUCCAUACGUAGCAAGAUAUAAGGCUCGUAUAUCUUAUUUGCCUUUACCUGAAGGACGGCUACGUAAUAAAAUAAUGGAAAAAAUGAGAAUGAGGGUUGAGGAAAGGAGGGAGGAAAUUGAAAAAGAUGAGGAAGAAGAAAGUGGAGAUUUUGAAGAGAUGAUUAAAGGAAUUGAGAUACCUCCACUCGAUCAACCAGUCCCCUCAAAUUGGCAAACAAUUGAAGGUGUAUUUCUCCUGAUUUUUAACAAUUUUUCUUUUUCUGAUUUUUGA